GUAAGAGCAGAGGUUCUUGUAUGAUUAUUAUUGUUGCAGUGUUUGAGUUUCUUUCUUUUAAUAUGAAAUUCUACAUAGAUAUAUGGAUCAAAUCGUAAACGUGAAUGAGUUUCAAGAGAUGGCCAAACAGGCUCUCCCUAAGAUGUACUAUGACUUCUACAGCGGAGGAGCAGAGGAUCAACACACACUCAAAGAAAAUGUUGCAGCUUUCAGUAGAAUCAUGUUUAGGCCUCGGGUUCUGGUUGAUGUAAGCAAUAUAGAUAUGUCUACCAGCAUCUUGGGUUACCCUAUCUCAGCUCCUAUCAUGAUUGCUCCAACAGCAUAUCAUAUGUUGGCGCAUCUAGACGGAGAAACCGCCACUGCGAAAGCUGCAGCUGCGUGUAACACUAUCAUGAUAGUUUCAUGCAUGUCUUCAUGCACCCUUGAGGAGGUUGCUUCAAGUUGUAACGCGGUUCGGUUUCUUCAAAUAUAUGUGUUCGAGAGACGCGAGGUAACUUCUCAGGUGGUGAAAAGAGCUGAGAAAGCUGGAUACAGGGCCAUAGUUUUGACUGUUGAUGUUCCUAAACUUGGUAGAAGGGAAGCUGAUAUAAAGAACAAAAUGAUACCCCCGAAGCUGAGUAAUUUCGAAGGUUUAGUUUCAACCCAAGUCAAACCUAGUGCAGGUUCAGGGGUUGAAGCAUUUGCUUCUCGUGCUCUUGAUGCUUCUUUAAACUGGAAGGACAUCGAGUGGUUAAGAUCUAUUACAAAGUUGCCAAUACUAAUUAAAGGGAUACUCACACGUGAAGACGCUCUUAAGGCAUUUGAAGCUGGUGUAGAUGGAAUAGUUGUAUCCAACCAUGGGGGUCGCCAGCUUGACUAUUCUCCAGCUACAAUAACUGUUUUAGAAGAGGUUGUGCAUGUUGUUAAAGGUAGGAUUCCAGUCUUGCUAGAUGGAGGGGUGAGACGAGGAACAGAUGUUUUCAAAGCGUUGGCACUAGGAGCUCAAGCUGUUCUUAUUGGGAGGCCUGUAGUCUAUGGGCUUGCAGCUAAGGGUGAAGAUGGAGUGAAAAAAGUGAUUGAGAUGUUGAAGAAUGAGUUUGAGUUAACCAUGUCACUUUCUGGUUGUCCCACCAUUGGUGACAUUACCAGAAACCAUGUUAGGACUGAGGAUGAGAGACUUGAAUCUAGGCUCUGAUCCUAAUCGGCAGAUCUGGUCACAGAAACUUGAAUCAGUUGAACUGUCAAUGAAUAUAUACUCAUCUGAUCAUUUUUUUCUGUAAAACAUGUUUGAUAAAAUUGUUAUCUGUGAGAUACGUUUUUUCUUAAUGGGUAA